AUGGACAAGACCGUCAUCGUGGCUGUGGAGUGGCGCCGACCACACCGCAUCUACAAGAAGCCGGUCAGGCGAAAGACGCGGUUCAUGGUGCAUGACCCUGAAAACGAGUGCAAGCUCGGCGAUACGGUACGAAUCCGGGAAGGCCGUCCGUUGUCUAAGACCAAGCGUUGGCGCGUCAUGGACAUACUACAGCGAGAGGACAUCGCCGAGGUGCAGCCGGGAGAGUUGACUGCCUCAGACGAGAGCAACAUCAUCGCAGAGGCACAGGCAAUUGUCGAUGUGAGUGCGAAAGUUGCGUACGAGGACGACGCUCCCGAGACAGAUGUAUCGGAAGAGAUCGACGACAGCCCCACGCAAUAG